AUAACAACAUUGUCCCCAACAAAACGAUUUAAAGUUGUUCCAGAUCGAAUUAAAAAAUAUAAUAAAGAUAAACUAUCACCACCAUUUACAACAACAGCAACAACAACAACAUCAACAUUACCAACCACUUCCACAUCACCAACUACUACCACAUCACCAACCACAACCUCUUCCUCUUUAAAAACAACUACAACCGCUAUCACUAAAAAAGUAUCACCAACAACCACAAAAACAAGAUCAACAACUGCAAAAGAAAUAGCCAAUUCCGUUAUCAAUAAAAAAGAGAGUAAUAUUGAUGAAGAUGAUGAAGAUGAUGAUGAAGAUGAUAAUGAAGAUGAUGAUAAUAACGAUAAUGAUGAAAGUGAUCAACAAGUAAAAUUAAAAAAACCAAUAGUACAUAAUAAUAAUAAUAAUAAUAAUAAUAAUAAUAAUAAUAAUAAUAAUAAUAAUAAUAAUAAUAAUAAUAAUAAUAAUAACAAAAAUAACAAAAAUAAUAAAAAUAAUAAAAAUAAAAAAAACAAAUCUAAAAAUAUAGAGACUUCUCCUCCUAUUACUUCUCGUCAUAAUUCUGGAAGCUUAGCCAAAGAAAAAGGAAAAAAAGAAACCAAAAAGACAUCACCACCCUCUUCAGAAAUUUAUAAUUCACACUCAUCAUCUUUUGAUGAUCAAACAAAUAGAAAAAGAAAAAGAAAAAAACCUAAUCAUGAAGAUUACAAUAUUAAUAAUAAAAUAAAUAAAAAUGAGAGUGAAUAUAAAAUUGAUAGCAGCAAUAAUAAUAAUAAUAAUAAUAGUAAUAAUAAUAAUAAUAAUAAUAAUAAUAAUAAUAAUAAUAAUAAUAAUAAUAAUAAUAAUAAUAAUAAUAAUAAUAAUAAUAAUAAUAAUAAUAAUAAUAAUAAAAAUAAUAAUAAUGAUAAUAAUACAGGUGAUGAAGUAAAUGAUUCACCACCAAUUACAAACCAUAAUAAUAAUAAUAAUAAUAUUAAACUCACUCUAUCAAGUGAUACUAGUGAUAGUUUACCAACCAAUUCAAUUAAAAGUAAUGGAUCACCUUCAUCAACAACAUCAUCAUUACCCUCUACAAAUGAUAUUUUCUUCAAUCUUAUUAAUGAAAAUAUUAAUAACAAUGUUAUCAAUAAUCAUGAUCAUAAUGAUCAUAAUAAUAAUAAUAAUAGAAAAAUCAAAACAUCUGAAGAGAGUGAAUCAGGGGAGGAAUCUGAUUCAUAUUACUCUGCAUUAUCAGAUAAUGAUUUGGUUUUAUCAUCACCAACAACAAUCAAAAAUAUUUUAUCAGAGAAAUCAUCUUCUUUACCAACAAUCAAUGAAGACUACUCUACUAGUAACAUCAAAGAAAACGAGGAAAAUCAAUCAACUGAAGAAUUGGAAAUCUUUUAUUUAGAUUCUUCAGAGAAUCAAGAUGAAAAUACAAUUAAUAAUGAUGAUGGUGAUGAAGAACCAGAAGAUGAUAAAGAAGAUACUUUAAAGUAUCAAAAACCAAUUGAAAGUAGAAAGGAGAGUUUAUCACCAUUUCCAUUGGAUGAUAUUGAUCUUGAUAUUGAAGAUUUAGAAUUAGAAAAUAAAUCAACAACUUCAUUAUCAAACAAUCACAACAACAAUAUUUUAAUAAUUGAUAACGAUGACGAUGAUGAUAAUAGUAAUAACAUAAAUCAUAAUAAUAGUACUAAUAAUAAUAAUAAUAAUAAUAAUAAUAAUGAUAAUAAUAAUAUAAAUAAUAAUGAUAAUGAGAAUACAAGUACUACUACCACUACUAAUAGUGUAAAUACAGGUAAGAGAAAGAGAGGAAAUGGAAAUGGAGGUGGUGAUUUUAUGUUUUUUUACGAUCCAUACGUCGAUCUAAGCUCAUCACAUUUAGAUGAUAUUAAUGGUUUCUUUGAUUUGGAUUCAAAGAUAUCAAAUCUUCAAGAUUACAGAUUAUCAAGAAAAACUCCUACUUCUCCACUAUCUACUAGUUUAGGUGGUUUAAAUGAUGGGGUGGUUCUCAUAAAUGAUGAUAAUACAAAUUCAACUGAAUAUAAUUUAAAACUUGGAGAACAACAACAACAACAACAACAACAACAACAACAACAACAACAACAACAACAACAACAACAACAACAACAACAACAACAACAACAAAAUUUAAAUCAACAACAACAGUGGCCAUCAUGUUAUAUUGAAGAGAUUAAUGAAUCUGAAAUUGAAAGAGAAAGACAAAAAGUAAAGCCCAAUGUUAAAAAUAAUGUAAAUAUAAUUGAUAUCUCUUCAAAUAAUGAAGAAAUAAGCGAAAAAGAAAAAGAGAAUCUAAAGGAUAAAGAGAUCCAAGAUAAUCCACAAGAGGAGGAAGAAGAAGAACAAGAAGAAGAACAAGAAGAGGAGGAUGAGGAUGAGGAAGAUCAAAAAGAAAAGGUACCAGAACAAAAAAUAAAACAAGAAGAGGAAGAAGAGUUGGAAGAUAUUCAUAUACCAAAAUAUAGAAAUUAUAACAACAUAAAUGGUAAUGGCAACAAUAAUAAUAAUAAUGAUAAUGGUGAUAAUAAUAAUAAUAAAAAUAAUAUUAACAAUGAUAAUAAUGAAUCUGACGAGUCAUCUGAAUCAUCUGAUGAAUCAUCUACGGAUGAUGAAGAAGAAGCCCGGUUAUCAAAAAUUGCCUAUAUUGAAUCACAAAAAGCUAAAAUUCCAGAAUGUAGACCAUAUAAUGUGUAUUUUGGUAAGUAUUUUAUUUUAUUUUAUUUUAUAUUUUAUAAAUAUAUUAUUAAUUUAAUUAUUUUUUUUUUUUUUUUUUUUUUUUCUAAAAUUUUAGAGGAUCAUUUACCACCUACAUUAAUUUAUACACCAUAUAAAUUAAAAAGUGAAGAAGUUGAUCAUUUUAUUAGUGCGGCAAGAAAGAAAUUGAAAAGUAUUGAUGAUUCAUUGAGAUCGAUGGGUGUCCAAACAAAUAAAAAUGUUUCCAAAAUACCAGACUCUUCAAUUUUGGCGAUUUUAGAUGAAUACGAUUACUCUGUUGCAGAUGCUUUGGAAUCUAUUGAUUUCUCUUCACUCGAUACCAUCCAACCAUGUUUAGAAGAUCAUAUCAAUCAAACUUGGUCACAACUUCAAAAAGAUUUAUUUGAUGAAGGUUUUAAAAUUUAUAAAAAAGAUUUCAAAAAGAUUUCAACUUUAAUUAAAGGUAAAUCAUGUCAAGAUGUUAUUGAAUAUUUCUUUUGGUAUAAACAAACCAAAAAAUAUAAAUCAUUAUAUAGCUAUAAGUAUCAAAUCAUGCAACAACAACUACAACAACAACAACAACAACUACAACAGCAACAACAGCACCAGCAACAACAACAACCAACUCAACCUCCAAGAAAAAGACCUCCAAACGCAAGAGUUUCACCAGCUCAAACGAAUUAUUUUAUUAAUGGUAGUAACCACACAACAACCACCACCACUGCCUCCGCCACCAAUACAACAACAACAACAACAAUAUCAAAUACAAAUACAAAUGUAAAUUAUAAUGUUGAUAAUGUUAUCAAAAAUAGUAAAAACAAAAAUCAUGUUUAUAACCAUGACAACGACGAAGACUCUGAUGAAGACCAAGAACGUUUUUAUCAAGCAUACAAUAGCGCAAACCGAAAUAAUCAAGAUUUAAAUGAUUGUGUCAAUUAA